AAAAAAAAAAAAAAAAAACCUUCUCUCUCUCUCUCUAGACCUUCCGCUCCCUCUUCCUUCGUCAACAAUGGCGACCUCAUCUCAUCGUCAAGAACCAGAUCCAGCGGACCGGUUCUACGCUCGCUCUCACCCUCCGGCAGGUUUUAUUCUCCCACCACAUCAAACUCUUCCUUUUCUUCGUCAUCUUCAGCAUUUGCUUCCUCUACGAGCUCCAGUUUCUCUUCCCCAUCAACAGCUUUCUUCCACCAUGACCUUCACGGCCAUCACUAUCACCACCACCACCACCACUCCCACAAUCAUCAGCGAUCAGCCUCACCUACCCGGGUCAACCUAUUUACCACCGCUUCCCUCUCCCCAUCCGUUCGUUUCUCCAUCGACCACCGCUCUAUCUCCCCCAACCGCAAUCAGGUCAUCAAGAGCCACCACAGUACCAUGUCAAUCUCCAAAAAGACGUGUAUGUGUUCACCGACGACGCAUCCAGGUUCUUUUCGAUGUAGUCUUCACAAAAACAUGGCAAACAGCAGCGGAAGCCACCAUGCGGGCUCGUAUCCCACCAAUCGGCUGAACAUGCGCAGAUCGGCUAUGAAGAACUCGCUGGUUAGGAUCGGAGGCGUGGAGGGAGAGUGGGUUAAGAGGGCGCUGACCGCUCUGAUCCGGCCCUCUUCGCAUCAAUUAAGGAGAAGAGCCGCUUUCCAUCCCGCGCAGAGCCGGCUCUCGAUCAUGUCCAAGGCGGAAGAUCUCUGAGUUUUGUUUCUUUUCGUAGUCGGACAGGUUGGUUCUUGUUUUCCGGUCAACUUUGAAUUUUCUGGUAUUAGAUUCCGGCUAGGAAGCCGGAAUCCGAUCCACGCGUUUCUCAGCAGAGUCGUCAGCGGCGAGUUUGGUAGCUGAAAUACGCUGCGGUAACUGAGACGAAUCGAGUUCAAAUAUCAGGCGGCACUUGUAGAAAUAGAGCCGAGUCAACUCGGUCGAGUUGAAGCUGUGUGCAGCGGUGCUGAGCCGACACGGGCGAGUAUGGUACUCGGAAGUCGUCGGUCAUCUACUUUUUUUGGGAGCGGGACUGAAGAGAAAAUUACUUUUGUACAUAUCAUUUGCUAUGGAAGGAGAAUUUUUGGACACCAUAUUUCUCCAGGAAUUUAGUAGACUUAAAUCAUAAUUAAUACGUAUUUUUAGAUUAA